AUAAACCGAAACCGAAUCGAACCGAUAAUUAUUUAAACCGAACUGAAAUCGACCCGUAAAACACUUAAAUCAAUUUCAAACCGACCCAAUUUUAAAUCGAACCGAAACCGAACUGUGAAACCGUUUUCACAGUACUACAAAUUCCCCAUUGUGCUCAAGUGUUAUCUAGCUUUUCCCCACAUAGACAAUCAAGCCAUGUGUAUAAUGCAGAAAUUGCCCAUAGGCCCAUUAACGUUUACUAAUUUAUAUUAUCCCAUCAAUUACUUCCAUCGUAUUAGAUUGGGUCAUAAAUUCAUAAUCGUGUCAUAAAUUUUUUGUACCGUUGUAGCCAUUUUUCAAAGCAAUCAAGUAAUGUGCUACCUAAUUCAUUUCCCCACACACACACACGUACAAAAAUUACAAAAAAAAUUAAAAAAACAAAAUCAACAUAUAUAUAUGUAAGCCUGCCAAAAUGUUUAUACUAGUAUCACUCUUAGCAUUCUAGUUAGUUAAAAAAAAAUGAGUGACUUAUCUACCAAAGGAAAGGGAGAAGAUGGGGUACAAGGGUGGAAGGAAGUGCUUCAUAAUAUACUUGAUACAAAUGAUCAUGAGAUGUUCAUUACCAAUCUUAGGCACCACAUUAAUCGGGUUGCAGUCGAAAUACCGAAAGUUGAACUUAAAUUUGAACAUUUAUCAGUAGAAGGUGAUGUAUUUAUUGGAGGUAGAGCUCUGCCCACUUUACUUUCUGCAACUACAAACUUUGUGGAGGCAAUUCUGAAGAAGGUAAUACGAUUGCCCCCUUCUCAAAAGCAAAAACUCAAGAUCCUCGACGAUGUCAACGGCAUUAUUAGACCCUCUCGGAUGACAUUACUCUUGGGGCCUCCAAGUUCAGGAAAAACAACAUUUCUUUUAGCUCUUGCAGGAAUGCUUGAUCAAAGUUAUUUAAAGGUAACUGGAAAAAUAACGUAUUGUGGCCAUGAACUAAAUGAAUUUGUUCCUAAGAAGACUUGUGCAUAUGUUAGUCAAAGGGAUCUUCACCACGGAUUGAUGACAGUAAGAGAGACGUUAGACUUUUCCGGACAAUGCUUAGGAGUAGGAACUAUAUAUAAGCUUAUGGAAAAACUACUCUUCAAGCUCGAUCCUAAGAUUGAAGCAUUGAUGAAAGGCGUGGCUACCAAAGGCCAUGAAGCAUCCCUUGUGACUGAAUAUUUGCUCAAGGUACUUAGCUUGGAUAAUUGUGCUGAUACCAUUGUGGGUGAUAAUAUGAGAAGAGGUAUUUCGGGUGGUGAAAAGAAGCGUCUUACAAUUGGUGAAAUGUUAGCAGGACCUGCAAAAGUGUUGUUAAUGGAUGAAAUAUCAACUGGAUUAGAUAGCUCAACAGCUUUUCGGAUAUGCAAGUAUAUAAGUGAAAUGGUUAACAUUAUGGACAUGACAGUAGUCAUCUCUUUGUUGCAACCUAGUCCUGAAUUAUUUGAACUUUUUGAUGAUAUUAUUCUCCUCUCAGAUGGUCAAAUAGUCUAUCAAGGACCGCGUCACCAUGUCCUUGAUUUCUUUGAAUAUGUUGGCUUCAAAUGCCCAGAAAGGAAAGGAGUGGCAGAUUUUCUUCAAGAAGUUACAUCUAAAAAAGACCAACAACAAUACUGGUCUAAGGAUCAACCAUAUAGAUACAUUCCAGUUUCCGAACUAGUUGAAGCUUUCCAAUCUUUCCAUGUUGGGAAAGAGUUAUCAUCAAGUCUUAAGAUACUAUACCAAAGAUCUAAUAAUCACCCUUUAGCCUUGGUAAAAGAAAAGUAUGGUAUCUCAAACAAAGAGCUAAUUAAGGCAUGUUUUUCAAGGGAAUGGUUGCUAAUGAAGCGAAAUGUAAUCCUCUACAUCUUUAAAAAUGUCCAGGUUAUGAUUAUGGCUUUGGCUACGAUGAGUGCAUUCUUUAGGACCAAAAUGCACCACGAAACUGUGGCUGAUGGUGAGAAAUAUUUAGGAGUUAUAUUUUUCAGUCUCACAAAUGUAGUGUUGAAUGGAAUGGCAGAAUGUACUUUUACAAUUUUGGGACUUCCGGCGUUUUAUAAACAAAGAGAUUUAUUGUUUUACCCUGCAUGGCCUUAUGGGCUACCUGUUUGGAUUCUUAGUAUCCCUGCUUCCUUCAUCGAAUCCGGAUUAUGGACUAUUCUUACAUAUUAUACCAUUGGUUAUGCUCCGGCUCCCACUAGGUUUUUCUGCCAAUGGCUUGCUUUCUUUUGUAUCCAUCAAAUGGCGUUAUCAAUCUUUAGAUUUCUUAGUGCUUUGGGGAGAACACUAGUAAUUGCUAACACAAUUGGCAUGAUUGUAUUGAUACUUGCUUUCGUCCUUAGUGGUUUUAUCAUUGCAAAAGGGGAUGUUGGUCGAUGGAUGAUAUGGGCUUACUACCUUUCACCUAUGAUGUAUGGACAACAAGCUUUAGUCAUUAACGAAUUUCUUGACAACAGAUGGAGUAAUGUAAAUCCUAGGAUUAUUGAAACAACUAUUGGUAAUGUCAUUCUUGCAUCAAGAGGCCUUUCGAAUCAUCAAUAUUGGUUUUGGAUAAGUAUUGGAGCAUUGCUUGGAUUUACUCUUAUCAACAACAUUUUAUACAUCCUAUCAUUAACAUUCUUAAAUCCUUUUAGUGAUUCAAAAGCCUUAGUUGAAGAUGUAGAUAAAGGCCAAAAGAAAAAUGAUGAGGAACUUCAAAGCACAAAUUCCGUCGUAUCAAGUCAUUCAUCUACAUGUACGAAUCCUACAGUGGAGACCACGACCAAAGGAAUGUAUUUGCCAUUCCAGCCACUUUCGUUAUCAUUCCACCACAUCAAUUAUUACGUGGAUGCGCCAACAGAAAUGAAAGGUCAAGGUUAUGAUGAAAGGUAUCGACUGCAACUAUUACAAGAUGUGAGUGGUGCUUUUCGCCCUGGAGUAUUAACCGCGCUAUUGGGCAUAACUGGUGCCGGAAAAACAACACUAUUAGAUGUGUUGGCCGGAAAAAAGACUAGUGGGUAUAUUGAAGAUAGCAUCACUGUAUCAGGUUAUCCUAAGAAUCAAGAGACAUUUGCAAGGAUAUGUGGUUAUUGUGAACAAAACGACAUCCAUUCACCAUGUAUAACUGUUUAUGAAUCUCUUGUAUUCUCUGCUUGGCUCCGUCUUUCUUCAAAUAUCGACGUAAAUACACGAAUGAUGUUUAUCGAAGAAGUAAUGAGAUUAGUUGAGCUUGAACCAUUAAAGGAUGCUAUUGUUGGCCUUACGAGGAUAAGUGGGCUUUCAGCUGAACAAAGAAAGAGAUUAACUAUUGCAGUAGAGCUAGUUGCAAAUCCAUCGAUUAUGUUUAUGGAUGAGCCAACAUCCGGACUUGAUGCAAGAGCUGCUGCUAUUGUCAUGCGUACUAUGAGAAAUGUUGUAAACAAUGGUAGAACUGUUGUAUGUACAAUUCAUCAGCCGAGCAUAGUUAUAUUUGAGGCUUUUGACGAGCUUCUAUUGAUAAAGAGAGGAGGGCGUCUCAUAUAUGCCGGGCCCCUUGGUGACCACUCCUCAAAGCUUAUUGAAUAUUUUGAGGCCAUUCCCGGAGUUCCAAAAAUUAAGGAUAGUUACAAUCCUGCUACAUGGAUGCUUGACAUUACAAGUACUCAAGUAGAGUCUCAAAUGGGUUUGGAUUUCGCCGAAAUUUAUGUCAACUCUCAACUUUAUCGGAGAAAUCAAGAAAUAAUUAGAGAGCUAAAUAAUCCUUCGCCAAAUAAUGAGGAUCUUCAAUUCCCAACCAAAUACUCGCAGCCAUUCAGUGUUCAACUUAAAGCAUGUUUUUGGAAACAAUACAAAUCGUAUUGGAAGAAUCCACCUUACAAUGCUGUUCGAUUCUUCACCACAACACUUAUUGGUGCUCUACUUGGCGUUAUAUUCUGGAACAAGGGAAGUAAAUUAGCCAAACAACAAGAUUUGAUGAACUUGUUUGAGAUAAUGUUCUCUACAAUACUUUUCCUCGGAGGGACUAGCGCUUUGAAUGUUCAAGCUGUGGUUGCAAGUGAGAGAGCAAUAUUUUACCGUGAGAAAGCAGCUAGAAUGUACUCAGCUUUACCUUUCACAUUGGCUCAGCUGGCUAUAGAGGCAAUCUACGUUGCAAUUGUGAAUUUUGUCUAUUGUCUACUCCUUUACUCUAUGAUCGGAUUUGAGUGGACGAUUGGGAAAUUCUUCUACUUCUACUUCAUCUUUAUGAGCUUUACGUACUAUACAAUGUUCGGGAUGAUGCUUGUUUCAUUGACUCCGCGACAAGAAAUUUCAGCCAUUUUCUUGACAUUAUUUGCCACCUUAUGGAAUUUAUUUGCUGGUUUUUUCCUUCCUAGAACGCUAAUUCCAAUUUGGUGGAGGUGGUUUUAUUGGGCUUCACCCGUUUCAUGGACAAUGUACGGUUUGUUGACAUCGCAAAUUGGUGACAAGAACAAUUUAGUUGAAAUACUCGAAGUGGGUAAUGUGCCCUUGAAUCUUCUUCUAAAAGAAAUGUUGGGUUAUGAGUAUCAUUUCUUACCCUUUGUUGCUGUUGCUCAUAUUGCUUGGGUUCUCCUCUUUUCCUUCGUUUUUGCCUUUGGCAUCAAGUUCCUCAACUUCCAGCAAAGAUGAUUAUAUAAGAAAAACAAUAUGAAUAAACUUUAUGAGAUGUUUUUACUGCACGUUAGUCUUUUCUACCCUUGAUACAAAACUAGUUGCCUUUCUUUUCAUAUUCUUAUUCAUAGAUUUUUGGCAUGUACUGGAUCUUUGAGAUUUCAAGCCUCAAUCAGGCUCAUUUCAUAUCCAACCCAACUUAUUUAAUUUAAUGGAGU